CAACUGGGAGACUGCCUUGGGAAGGGCGCGUUCGGCCAGGUUUACCGUGCCCUCAAUUGGGCCACCGGAGAGACCGUGGCGAUCAAGGAGAUUCAGCUCAGCAACAUUCCGAAGAGUGAGAUCGGGCAGAUCAUGUCGGAAAUCGACCUGCUCAAGUGCCUGAAUCAUCCCAACAUCGUCAAGUACAAGGGCUUUGAGAAGACACCGGAGUAUCUGUACAUUAUAUUGGAAUUCUGCGAGAACGGCUCACUGCAUAACAUCUGUAAACGAUUCGGCAAGUUCCCCGAGACCCUCGUCGGCGUAUACGUAUCGCAAGUGCUCGAAGGUCUCGUCUACCUCCACGACCAGGGUGUGAUCCACCGCGAUAUCAAGGGCGCGAACAUCCUCACGAACAAGGACGGAUGUGUCAAGCUAGCCGACUUUGGAGUGGCAAGCCGCACGGCGGCGGGUGCUGUGCGGGACGAUGCGGUUGUAGGGAGCCCAUACUGGAUGGCGCCGGAGGUGAUCGAACAAUCCGGUGCAACAACCGCGUCGGACAUAUGGAGCGUCGGGUGUACGGUGAUCGAGCUUCUCGAGGGCAAGCCGCCGUACCACUUUCUGGACCCAAUGCCUGCUCUCUUCCGUAUUGUACAAGACGACUGCCCACCAAUACCGGAAGGUGCCUCGCCCGUUGUCAAGGAUUUCCUCUACCAUUGUUUCCAGAAGGACUGCAACCUGCGUAUCUCCGCGAAGAAACUCCUCCGGCACCCAUGGAUGGUCGCCGCGCGCAAGCAGAUGGCCGGUCACCAAAGGGGUGAGACGAGCGAGGCGCGGAAGGGCGCGGCCACCCAAGCACGACCGCCAAGUAACUACAAUUAUGACGAGGCGGUAUUGAAGGUGCAGGAAUGGAAUGAGGCGCUGAAAUCUCCGUCGCGGCCAGCAAGACACCCGGAGCGCCGGCGCAUGGAUGCACCUCCGUCACCCACGCUCGCGCCAGUCAACAUGCCAUCGUCGCUGAGGCCCAUCGACUCCAUGAACCAGUCGGUGGCUUCUUCCGCUCCGACAAAUACGCGCAAGCCGGUGGCGCUCAAUGCGAGCAAGGGUCCCUCGUCGGUACCUGUACUGGGGCACAUUCGCGAGACGCUCCCGAUGCCCUUCAUUCUGCAGCCACCGGAGGAGCAGACGGACAAUUGGGACGAUGACUUCGAGGAGGGCAUCUCACUGACGAAGAUACAAGCACUCGAGAAGACGUCGGUCGAAGAAGAGAAGGAGAAGGUUGAGGUUGAGGACAAUGCGCAAACGAUCAGACCAACGCGCAGCCCAGCUGGCCCUACGACGGUGCCCCUUCCCAUGGUUACUAUGCCUGAUACCGAAGCAGAGUCCGGCUUCGACGAUUUCUCGGACAUCCUCGAUGAUGAUGACAAGCUGCAAGAGAAGGUUGCUGACUUCAAGAUGAAGAACUCGUUCCGACGUGGCCUUUUCCAUCCGAACGACAUCAAAACGUAUGGGCUUGGCAACACAUCUCCUGGACCCAUGACAGCGCCUCUUCCGGACCUCGGAUACAAGAAGUCGCGUCCAGGUUUGAGUCCCGUCGUUGCCACGCCGCCACUUGCAGGUCCCUCGAGUUCCCGCGGCGCACAUUCGCGCUCGUCCUCUUUCAUAGGACCUAGUGGGAGCGGCUCGUUCGGGCGUGCCGAAUCGAGGCGGUAUCCAAGCCAGCCUGAGUUUGGGAAGUAUGCUGAGGAUGAUGACGAGGAUUACGACGAUGUGUUUGGAAAGGCGAACGGCACUGCAUCACAUCCAAUUGGAACAUUGCAGCUCAAUACUCGGCUCUCAAACAAGUCUUGGCUAGGGGAUGAGGACGACGAAGAAGAUCCGUUCGCGGAGAUCGACGAGGGCUUCUCCGAAGAAGACCUGGAGGCCAAUCUGCAACGUGACAAGUAUGCACGACUGUCUGCCGCGGUCACACAGCUCAUCGACGAGCUCACCCCUUCGGCGCCGGAUUUCCAGUUGCGCGAGGCAUGCGAUCAGCUUCUCAGUAUUAUGGCGGACGCUCCGGAGAUGCAGUCACAACUCGUAUCUGCGCAUGGGAUGCUGGCUAUUCUGGAAGUGCUAGAAGGACGAUCAUCACGCGAUGUCACCAUGAAGUUGUUGCAGAUAGUUAACGCGCUCGUGAAUACAGAUAUGGGCUUCCUGGAGAGCUUCUGCCUCAUUGGAGGAAUCCCCGUCAUCAUGGGCUUUACAUCCAAGAAAUACCCUCCAGAGUGUCGGACAGAAGCGUCCAACUUCAUACGUCUCCUCUGCCACUCUUCCGUCUUGACAUUGCAGAUGUUCAUUGCCUGCCGGGGGCUCAAAGUCCUUGUCGACCUUCUGGAGGAAGACUUCUCAGAACAGACUGAUCUCGUCAACCACGCACUCAACGGGAUCUGCAGCGUCUUCGACCUCCAAAGUCCUACCACCAAGAACGACUUCUGUCGGAUGUUCAUCCGCGAGGGCCUGCUGGAUCCCCUUUCGUCGGCUCUCCUCAAUGUCAUGUCGACCCAAAGCGACGUUGCAGCAGACAUGAACAAGAAGAUCAUUCAGAUCUUGCUUGUGUUCUGUCAAGUGUCUCAGUCGGACAUCCAUGUGCGAAAUGCGCUUGGGACUCGUAAGGUCGUACGACGGCUACUUCGAGCUUGCGAGCUACUACAGCCAGAAUAUCUCGUCCAGAUGCUCAAGGCUGUGAAACAUCUGUCCAUGAAUGCCAACCUGCUCGAAGUGAUGCAGAAUGCCAACACAAUCGAGAUCUUGGUCAAGAUCAUCGAUGAACAGAGUUCUGGGCCCUAUGGCACAGAAAUGUCCAAUCACAUCUUCCAGACAUGCUACAACCUAUGCCGGCUCAACAAGGGCAGGCAAGAGGAAGCUGCGCAGGCCGGUAUCAUCCCGAGUCUGAGACGCGUCUUUGAGUCUGGAUCGCCGCUGAAGCAGUUCGCGUUGCCGAUCCUUUGUGACCUUGCGAGUGCUGGCAAGACCUGUAGAACUCUUCUGUGGCAGCACGAUGGUCUCGGCCUGUACUUGCGGCUGCUCGAUGAUCCGUACUUCCAAGUGAGCGCUUUGGAGUCGAUUCUGUCUUGGCUGCAAGACGAGACAGCCAGGAUUGAAGACCAACUCACGAAGCCGGAGUCUCUCGAAGCUCUUCUCCGCUGCUUCGUCAACGCAAAGUCGAAUUCGUUCGAGAACCUCCUCGACCCGUACCUGAAGAUCUGCCGCCUGUCCACCGCGAUCACGAUCGGCCUUGCCAAGUCGCAGUUCUUUAAACGAAUCAUCGACAAACUCAAUCACAGCAAGGCGGUUGUGCGACUGAACCUCUUGCGUAUCCUGCGAACCGUCUGCGAGGUUCAUCCCAACCGCGCAAUGCUCGUCGAGCGCUACGGCAUCUAUGAUAUCGUAGUCAAACUCAGCAAGGAGGAUGGGGCAGUGCUCGUGCGCGAGCUGGCGAGGGAGAUCGUCCCGUCGCUAGCACCAGCGCUGAAGCCCCUCUCGGGCAGAUCGGGGAGGCAUGGAGACACACCGAAGGGGAGCAAGAGUGCUCUCGCUCCGAAGAAGAUGAGGAGGGCUGCAUCCGAGUCGAUCCCACUGACAUCCAAUGAGAUCCCUGCGCUUCGUGGCGAGGCGAACAUCCGUCCUGCCACACGUCGGGCCGCCAAUAGCAGAUCGUCCAGGCAGAGGCUCAACGAAAUUUCAUGGCAGACCGCGGCGGAGCGGCAAUGAGCGUGAGUCAAUAGAAUAUCGUAGAGCAUGUAAUCGUCACUCGGGUUUUAGUCAUACUGCAUUGCAAGCCAUCAUUUGUCGCUCUCCUUAAGGUCUUACCACUUAGCACGUACACACUCUUUAUCAUCCUCAUCGUCGUCCUUUCAAUAGGGCUUCCAAGUAUCUAGUUUGUUCACGCUGGUCGUGGUAGAAUUAUGCCCAUGGCCCAUGGUCCACCUACAUACGUACAAUACAUCAAGACGCCUAUGUCUUGAGAUAGUGCACAUUUGACAGCCAGCUCUUAUAUUGCGCGGUAGACAUCCAGCUCUUUGUACAAUAACCAACAUUGUUUUGGCUCAGCGCACUCGUGAGCUUUGGCA